CGGCUUCCCACUCUGCUCAGGGGGACCCACCCCAUGGGCCCCCAAAGGGCUGAUGAUCGUUUUCAGCCUUGCAUCUCCCUCCCCUCAGGAAACCUAGAACAAGCCAACGAGGAGCUGCGGGCCAUAAUCAAGAAGAUCUGGAAGCGGACCAGCAUGAAGCUGCUGGACCAAGUAGUGCCCCCAGCAGGUGAUGACGAGGUCACGGUUGGCAAGUUUUAUGCUACUUUCCUGAUCCAGGAGUACUUCCGGAAAUUCAAGAAGCGCAAAGAGCAGGGCCUGGUGGGCAAACCCUCCCAGAGGAACGCCCUAUCCCUGCAGGCUGGCUUGCGCACGCUGCAUGACAUCGGGCCUGAGAUCCGACGGGCCAUCUCUGGAGAUCUGACGGCCGAGGAGGAGCUGGACAAGGCCAUGAAGGAGGCUGUGUCUGCUGCCUCCGAAGACGACAUCUUCAGGAGGGCCGGCGGCCUGUUCGGCAACCACGUCAGCUGCUACCAAAGCGACGGCCGGAGCGCCUUCCCCCAGACCUUCACUACCCAGCGCCCACUGCACAUCAACAAGGCGGCUAACAGCCAAGGCGACACCGGGUCGCCGUCCCACGAGAAACUGGUGGACUCCACUUUCACCCCCAGCAGCUACUCGUCCACUGGCUCCAACGCCAACAUCAACAAUGCCAACAACACUGCCCUGGGCCGCUUCCCCUGCCCCGCUGGCUACCCCAGCGCGGUCAGCACCGUAGAGGGCCGUGGGCCCCCCUUGUCUCCUGCCGUCCGGGUACAGGAGGCAGCCUGGAAGCUCAGCUCCAAGAG